CCCCUCGUUACACUAAAGCAGAUGGUCCGAUAAGAAUCAAAAUGUCGAACAAAUCGCAAACCCAGCAGACUUUGCUGGACAUCUUUCAGGAGAUACUGGCAGCGUCUGGAAACUCUUCGGAUUCCAUCAAUGAGACCCAGAUCGUUUCUGUGAUGAGGGAGCAGAGCCGGUAUGGCGGGAAUGAUUUGGAAGCCACGUUGAUGAAGAUGAUGAAGGAUGCUAGGAAGAAGAUGAAUUUUACCCUGACCUGUGAUUACUGCGUGGGAGAUGUUUGGGAUGUGGUCCACGCGUAUAACGGGAUCCAUGGAUAUGUCAGUCUUUUGGUAUGCACCAUAGGAGUGAUAGCAAACUCCAUGAACGUGGCGGUGUUGACGCGUCGCGACAUGGCGGCCGCGCCCAUCAACCGGCUGCUGAAGUGGCUGGCGGUGGCCGACGUCUUCGUCAUGCUGGAGUAUGUGCCUUUCUCCAUCUACAGAUACUUGGUGUUGCCAGAGAAGCUGGAUUUCCCGUACUCGUGGGCGAUAUACAUGCUGUUCCACAUGCACUUCGCUCAGAUCCUGCACACCGCGUCCAUCUGCCUCACGCUGUCGCUAGCUAUUUGGAGAUACAUAGCCAUCAAGUACUCGGACAGAAGCCACAUCCUUUGCACGGAGAGGCGGUGCAGCAUCGCCAUCCUGACCAGCUUUAUAUUGCCGCCCAUACUCUGCACGCCCACUUUCAUGGUAUUUGACAUUCACACGAAGAAUGUGACGGACAUCAACGGAAACCCCGACAUAGCAUACCACGUCGACUCUGACUACGAAGGCACCCUAUACCAGGCGAACUUCUGGGUGCACGCGGUUCUGAUCAAGCUGCUGCCUUGUUCCAUCCUAACCGUCAUCAGUAUAUGGCUGAUCAGAGCGUUAUACAACGCAAAUCAGCACCAGAAGCUAUUGAGGAACUAUAACAACUGCCCAGCAGCCGAGAAGAUGAUUAAGCGUCAGAACAAAGCAGACAAAAGAACUGACAGAACGACAAAGAUGUUGCUAGCAGUUCUACUGCUGUUCCUGGUUACAGAGCUGCCCCAAGGGAUAUUGGGUCUUAUGAGUGGGUUAUUAGGGUGGUGUUUCUUCAAAGGCUGUUACAACCUGUUCGGGGAAUUGAUGGAUUUCCUGGCGCUGCUGAACGGGGCGAUCAACUUCGUGCUGUAUUGUUCUAUGUCGAGGCAGUUCAGGCAGACCUUCAGGCAGCUGAUCCUGCAGCCGCCGCUCGCCAGGUUCAUCCCUACAAACGUGUCGCAUACGGAUUCUCACAACCAGAACACGUAUGUAUUGCAAACGAGUAAAAACUUCAAUUCCAUGAGGGCGACUGAUAAAGGCGCAGAAUCCUAUGGUUUGCGAACAAUUCCUGUGAGCACGAGUGUCUGCGCUACGUAGGAACGCUACGCCGUAGCACCUACAUAUCCGUGAAUUUACUACGACGUAGUAGUACUACGAUAGUCUUGCUACGGUUCCGCGAUGAAAGAGUGGCAAUUUUAUGUAGUGAUUUACAGUCAAAACUCAUAAUCGGUCAAAACCACUUUUGACCGCAAAAAUCAGUCAAAAGUGAUAUUGACU